UAUGUAUUCAUUCUGGAACUAUCUGUUUCUAUCCAAUAUUUGAAACUUUGCUCAAAAUUGAAGAAAAAAUAUUCACUUUAGCAUUGACGAAGAGAGGAAAAGAAGACUUUUACAGCUGUSAAACKSAUUGGCUGGAAAAUAUACAAAAAYAUUAGUUUGCAAACUUUGUACAGACAUCAGCUGAGUUCUUUUCAAUCAUCUGGAAAGGUCUAUCAACGCGAUUCUAUUUAAAGUUGAUCUCCACUGCGAGKAAACGUUCUCUUAUGUUUCGUUAAUAAACGUCACAGCUUAUAUCGUAAGGUGGGCYYUACUGAACAYCAUCACUGUCGCCAGCUUCAUUCGUUUUUCGAUGUCUUUCCUUUUAAGAUAGAAAAACGUCCGAAUGAAUAACUGCAUGUGAUAUGUCUUUCACAAUAAAAUCGAGUAUCCAAGCUCCCAAACCCUACCAACCAUUCGCCUCGAGAUCGAACAAAACUACAUYGGUAACAACCGUACGACAAGAAGGAGAAGAUGACRGAAAUAGUGAUGUAAAAACAACCAUCUACACGUAUACCACCUCUGCAGCUGGUACAACAACAGAUGGCACUACAGUUAAUGUUAACCAAAACCCAUAUCGAUGGUAUACCGGAGAACGAGGGUCCACCUCUUACAAAGAGGGAUCGGCACCUCUAAACAAGCAGCUAUAUGCCUACGGGCAGGCAGGAUAUAGCAAUCAACAUAACGGCUACUCCAACACUGACUCCUCACUGCAAUCCGACUCAUCGUCCACAAGGAAAUACAGCCAGAGCUUUCCAACUCCUUUUAAAGCCGCAUCAUUGGAAUCAAGAUCGUUAUCAUCAAAUAGAAGCGGAAUUCCAAAAGAAAACGUAAGUACAGAAUACCACACUUACUGGCGAAAUGGUACUAGUACGGACUCCAAAACAUUUAACGUCUCCAACACUUCCAAAGGMAGUGGCCAAUCUGUCCCGGUUCUUCAUAAGUCUACAACGGACAUCGAUAUGGCGUCUUCUAUAGGAGAUCAUAAUCAAAUCAACAACAAAGAGUACCGCAUAUAUUCCCUGGAUGAUACAAAGAACUCAAACACUUCCUACAGGAAGUUACAACCGAACUCUUCMAACUCUACAACAACUAGUUACAACCAAAACYUUAAUUCAUCUUAUGAGUUUCCAUCCAAUCAAGSCCAACACCAAGAUGUUGCCAAACAGGACAAAGUUKUCCAGAUAAUAAAGCUCCAAACCCAACCCUUUGAGCACGAGCAGACUGUGGAACACAUUGACCGCGAGCCUUCAAAAGUCAGAAAAUCAUAUAUWCCAGAACAUUCCACCACAGAAAUCACACGUCGAGACGUUGUGCGAAGACAAAAGCUUAACACUAACAACUUUGAAUAUCAAGAGUCAAACCAGCAGGAACUGAACAAGGAAGCCCGUCAGGUGAACAAAAUUCAAAUACCACAAUUUUCAACCAAAGAGAUCAUCAAACAGGAAGAAGUGACCAAGGUACAAAAACUAGAUACCUCUGCGUUUAAGGACAAACCACAUGAAAUCRUUCCCACGAAAGAGASACAUAAAGUCAAAAAAUUAGAAAUACCAGAAUUUAUACCCAUAGAGGUUCCCAGACACGAAACAAAACAGGAAACUAUGAAAAUCAGCAAACUUCARAUACCACAGUUUUCCACAAAAGAGGUCGUYAAACAGGAAGAGAUUGUCCAAGUCCAAAAGMUUAACACAAAUAUCUUUCAAAGCCAAGACACCACCGAUGGUCAUAGCUAUCAGAAUGAGACCGUGAAAAUCAAUAAACUUSAAAUUCCAACGUUUCCAACAAAAGAGGUUACAAAGCAAGAAGAAGUUACCAAGUUCAAAAAGCUCGAUACCCACCUCUUUCAAAACAAUGAAACACAAGAAUACAAACCAAGCAGAGAGACCUUGACAGUAAGAAGAUUACAAAUGCCGGAAUUUGCAGCCAAAGAAGUUACCAAACAGGAAGUUGUGCAAGUAAAAAAGCUAAACAUCAACCACUUUGAAAAUAAAAUUCCGAAAGAGCAAGAGCAAGAAGUGNCCCGGUGA